AUGUCCGAUGUGAAGACGCAGAUGUCCUGGCACGAGGAUUUCGCCAAAAACCUUUCCAGGUUCUUUUCCAGGAGUAAAUCCGUGGACACGGAGCCGGAGGGGAAUGAGAGUGAGAUCAGAGAGGCUGAUGAUGGAUCUGCAGAUCAAACACCUGAGCAGCACCAGAACACACAGGAGUCGCUGCUAUCUGACGGAAGCAGCGCGUCACACUCGGAAGACGAGAGCUCGAGUCCUCAGUCCGCCUCCACAGCACCUCCUGCAGACGGAUUCCUCAGACGCCUGGGAAGCCUGUUCCAAUUCAGCCGGGCAGAACCGGCCCGAGGACAGAGAGAGAGACAGACCGACGCGGACAGCCUGAUUACAGCAGAGAGAGAAACGCAAACAAGCGCAAACACACACAAGAGCGGAGGAAGGGAGGAACCGGUGGAGCCGUCUGUGUGUCAUUCAGAGCUCACACACACACAAUCUCAGGAACAGACCGAGGAAGAUAGAAGUGAUGCCGUAAACAUCAACGCCACAGAGCGCUCGGAGGAGAAGAGACGUCAUGACCUAGCCUGUCCUCCUGUGGUGACUUAUGGCACGUACCGUGGAUUGAGGGAAGUCAGGAAACCAAAGAAGAAGCAUCGAGUCGAGCUUCACUCGCCCAUCUCUGAGGGAGAAGAGGCGACUCCGCCCGACAGCCAUGAGGACAACGAGAUCUCCUCUUCCUCUGUUAACACAAUGAACUCUGAUAGUCAGCAAUAUCCCACUGCAGAAAAUCAAGCAUCGCCUUCACAGACACAACAGACAGAGGACGGAUUGACCCAGAAUGACUUAUUAGAUGAGGUUCCUACUGUUGAAUCUGGACUAACUCCAGCCCACCAACUCUCUCAUGUUACAGACUCUGACCGGUUGCUUACCUGCAUAGAUGUCUACAGAAUUCCUCAACCAGCAGAACCAAGUCCGUUGAAUGACCCGGUUAACCGCAGACAGGAGCAUCUUGCCCAGGGUGUUACGUUAGAGGCGGUAUCAGGAGACACUAAUGAUCUGACACUAUCAAACGCACAAUCAAACUCUUACACAGUCCAUCACGACACACUCCCCACUCCAGAACAGAGCUCAGAGCAACCAAAGCCAUCAGUAAUUGUAAACCGAACAGAUGAUCUAGCCCCGGAUUCUCAGGCACACCAGCGUCCGGAGGAGUCCAAGCUGGAACGGGCUGAGGUGGACUCUGGAGUAGAUGAAGAGGUCCUACGUUUGGAGUCUAAAAAGAUGGUGGACAGCAUCCUGACUAAUGCUCUUGCUGCCCUGCAGAAGAUGGAAGUAUCUGAGACGGAGCAUGGCGUACUGUUAACCUGUGAACUCCAUGAAGGCUCAGAGGCAGUGCUGUUUGAAGGGUUAGAGGGUCGUGGAGAUGGAGGCACUGAAGCAGAGCAUCAGUUUCGUGUGAUGCUGUCGGACCAGACGCUGUCUGUCGUUCUGGAAGAAGAGCUGGCAGGAACCUGUAGGUCUCCACCCUCAUCAGGGUACGAGUCCAUCGCUGGCUCCGACACUGACAUCAGGGGCAUUGUGGGACUGAACUCCGAGCUCACCACUACCUGUGCUCCAGUCGGCUCUCAAAAUGAGAAUCAGACCGUUCUUGAAUAUUUAGUUGAGGAAAAAAAUGUGGAUGUAACUGGUUCCCGUAAGAGCAGUGCUGCUGAUGACGAGCCAUUAUCCCCAAAUCUCCAAAGCCAUAGGGAUGUUGUUCAUAAAACAGACUUCAAGCUCUUCCUACCUGCUUUGACAGAGGAGUCUCUCUCACGAGAGCAAAACACUGGUGACGUCUCCUCAUGUAAAGAUAAAGGGGGAAAGAGACCUCAGGAUACAGCCAAAGACAAUGCAAUGAGCAAUAACCACCUUAAUGGUUCCUGUGACACCUCCAUCCUCACUCCUGCUUCAGCAGAACAUCAGGAUAGUCUUCAACAAAGCCAAACUCUCAGUGUAACUCUCAAUGACCGCUUUAGCCACAGUCUUGCAUCGGACACAGCUGAUUCUGAUAUGAUGUCAGAAAUCAAAGAACAGCCACCAGCUAUACGAAGCCAUGAAUCUGAGGAGACCGAAGCACCUUAUUCAGGGAGCAGUCAACAGGAACCGAUCUCUUGUGACUUUAGCGCUGGAACAGAUUGCAGUGUCCAGCCGCGCGUGACUGAAGUCCAGUGCUCUGGAGGGCAGCACCAUCCUUCUCACUGGGUCUCAGUCCGAGCGUUUCGCUGCGACGUCACCGAUGACCAAAGCCUGAGUCCCGCCACACUCGAGGAGCAUCUGAAGCCAGAGCUCAGUGUGAACCCAGGUAUACCAGCCGUGUCUGUUUCAGGCCAGAGAAUUCACCUCGACCCCAUGGACAGUUCCAGCAGAACUGCGGCUGUCACUCCCCAUCAUUCCCGAUUUCACGAUCUCGACCUCCACCAGGUAGACGGAGGCUUCGCCAUCAUCAGCGAGGAGGAAGAGAGUGACAUGGUGUUCGUGAACGACACCGGGCCCAUGCACAGUCCCAGCACGCGUCGAGCCAAAUCGUACCCCUUCUCCCUGUCCCCCAUCUACGAGGAGGAGGGUGUGCGUGAGGAGGCCGUGGGCCGGGAGACGCUGCCGUUCCCCCCGGUGGCCGAGGAGGAGCAGAGGAGCGUUGAGCAGCCGGCCUCCUCCAUACUCUCACUCCUGCAGUCCGUAAGCGAGAAGCUGCAGUCCAGUGUGAUCUGCAGUCCAGCUGAGGACUCCUCCAGCGCCUCUCCGACGAGCUACCGCUACUCCCGCGGAGACGACAGUGAGGAAGAUGACGAGGACUCCAGUAAUCUCCUGAGCCGCCAGCUCACCGGGGCCGAGCCGGAGCCGAACGCUGAGCAUGAGUACAGCUCAGAGACGGAUCGCACUGCUAAUGACGCUCCGGAGGGAAUACAGGAGCAGCAGGACUGGGGUGGCACACUGGGUAAUAUUGGAAAGAAUGCCAAUACUCCUUUCUAUCAGUACUUGAAAUCCAGACUAUUGGCAUCAGGUGAGGAAGACCCUCAAGACAUUAAAGGCAUUGUGUGUCGUAGUGGAUGCUACGCAAUGGUCAGGGAAGAGAACAGAGGGUUUGGAAAGGUCAACCCUAGACCGACACCCAUGCUCAUCUACGAGGGUCAGUCACCCAGCGCUGAGAGAAGAGAAAUCUGCGGCGAUGUGGAGGACGCUGGGAAGGAUCUGUUUGCUCACGGAGCCACGCUUCACGCGCUGAGAGGAUGUUGGCUGCUGUAUGUGGAUCCGUGGUACCGUGGCUCAUGUGUUGUUCUGGAGGAGGGUCAGACUGUGAAGACCAGCAGAACCGAUGCCGAUCCCGAUCCCAGUGCUGUUCUCUCUGUGGGAUCCGUCAGGACGCUGAAGGAUGACCGUGUUCCAGAGAUCCAUCUGUAUCCCAGCACGUCUCAGCCGAUCCGUGUUUCCUCCGCGACGGACCUGCCGGAGCGGGACGGGCCCGUGUUGCUCUCGCACCUCUGCGUCAGGACCGGAUGCUGGCUGGUGUUUGAUCAGCCUGGAUUCAGCGGCUCGUCUGCCAUUCUGGAAGCUGACGGCAGAAUCACGCCGGUUCUCCAGGAUCCCCUGCUGUCCCGUGUGAAGAGUCUUCGGCCAGUGGAACUGGCUGGGCUGCGGGUGACGAGACCUCUGGACCCGAAGGUGAUGUUGUUUGAGAAGCCGCAGUUCCAGGGUCAGUGCUGGGAGCUUCUGGAUCACACACCCCGUCUGAGGGACAUCGAGGGACCCGCCGCCGCCUCCUCUCUACGGGUCACCGGGGGAGUAUGGGUGUGUUUCUCCAGCGAAGGGUUCAGAGGUCAUCAGUGUGUGCUGGAGGAGGGGGAAUACAGCGACUGUACGCGACUGUUCGGAGGAACUGAGCUGACGAUCCAAUCGCUGCGCUUCAUUCAGACUGACUUCCUGGAGCCAGCGGUGUGUGUGUCGAGCUGUGAUGAGGAAACCGAGGUGUGUGUGGACGUGCCGGAUCUGCAGGAGUCCGACAGCAUCAGUGUGAAGAGCGGAGCGUGGGUGGCGUACAGCGGCAGGUGUUUCACUGGACACCAGUAUGUUCUGGAGAAAGGCCAGUAUCCCGGGGCAGCUUCAGUGGGAGACGGCCAGAGCUCAGCUCAGUCCCUGCGGGCCGUUCACAGGGAAGUGUCUAGGAUCGUGGAACCACAGUUUUUGCUACGAGCCUACAGCCAGACGCGGUACAGCGGAGAGAGCCGUGAGUUUGAGAGUGACUGUGGCGUGACACGUCUCGCGUCCUUCAGGGUGAUCCGAGGAAACUGGCUGCUGUUCGAUGAGGAGGGAUAUUCUGGGAACCAGUGUAUCCUGGGGGAGGGGCUUUACCCUGACCUCACUUCCUGUGGCUGUUUAUCGAGCGCCAUCAAGUCUUUAAAGCCCAUUCCAUACAGUUUCACGGAGCCGUCGGCGAGUCUGUUUUCUCUCAGCGGUUUCGAGGGCCUUGAAGAGACGUGUUUCUCAGACGUGGAGAGCUUGAGCCACUUCUUCAGCCAGUCCGUGAGAGUCACCAGCGGCCUGUGGGUCGCGUAUGAAUACGCUCGUUUUAAGGGCCGCCAGACGCUCCUGCAGCCUGGAGAGUAUCCGGUGUGGGGGGACCGGAGCGGCUGGGAGACCAUCGGGUCGCUGAAGCCUCUCAAACAGCCGAAAGUGUUGGUUCAUGUGCGGAGUCGAGCUCUGGCUUCAGUUCUGACCAGCGAGAGCAGAGACGGCUCUUUCCCAGCCAAACUCUCCCUGUGUCCCGCGGACCGCUCUCUGGACACACAGCGCUGGAUCUUCACCGGCGGCCUCCUCAAGAACACGGCGCUGCGCGGCUGUCUGUGUGUGAUCGGGGCCAAGGCCUGCGCCGGAGCCAGAGUGGCAUUAUGGGAAGAACAUGGGCGAGUGAACCAGCGCUGGAGUCUCAGCGAGGACGGGAGAAUCUGCUCACAUCUAAACCACAGCCUGGUGUUAGACCUCAGAGGUGGACGCGGCGCUGACCGAGAGCAGCUGGUUCUGAGUCCGCUUGGUGCCGCCGACACUCAGUGUUGGGACCUCGACGUGCUGUGACACACACACACACACACACACGAUGAAACAUGACGAUAUCAGGGACCGAAUCUGGACAGAUCAGCAGAACUGAGAUCAGAGACAAGAAU